AUGGAUUCAACGUCGCUGCAGUACAAGCUGACGUUAGAGACAUCUAGCGAUAGGACAGUAAUGUUGCAAGACGGAGUGCGCCCAAUUGACAUGAAAUCAGUACUCUCCACGAAUAUUGGAUUUUCGCCUGCUAUGUUUCCUUCGGCUUUGAAAACGGCUCCAAGUGGAAGAUCCCACGGAUUGUAUUCUGAAGACAUUUCCUCUUGUGGUUCGCAUGGAAACGCAGAUAGGGAGAUAGUUGCUAUCUCACCUGAGGCAGUUCCAUUCACUGCCAACCAGCUUCAAAGUGACAGUCAUAUAUCUUUGUUAAGUAACUGCCGCCACAAUCCCUGCAUUAGAGGAGAACUCCCCACAAACUCAUCAAUUUAUCAGAAUUGGGCUUUAGAAUAUCCCCGGGCUGCACCUGCCCAGAUCCAGACAGAUCCCAAUGACCUGGACACGUCUGCCUUCAGCUAUUCUCAAUGCUAUGGAACACCCAUUUCAGGAGAAGCACUUCAUACUACAAGUCCCAGCGUCCCGAUGCAUUUAGCUUUAGGAUUUACGUCGCAAUGGUCAACGUCGCAAAACCCAGAGAAUAGACGAAGGAAAAAACGAAUCCCUUACAGCAAACAGCAAAUUGCUGAACUGGAAAAGGCUUUCGAAAAAAAUCGAUUCCUCACCCCUGAAAUCCGAUUAAAUAUUUCUUUCAAAUUAGGUUUAACAGAAAGGCAGGUAAAAAUAUGGUUCCAAAACCAGAGACAGAAGGAGAAAAAACUUCGUGUGCAGCAACCGAUACAUCCAAGCUGCCCUGGACUGUAA